GAAGGCCUUCUGUCCUCGCAUCCCGCACCCUUCCAUCUCUCUCUCUCUCUCUCUCUCUUUCUCUCUCUCUCGUCUCUUCUCUUCCCUUUUCUCUCUCCUCCUUCCUCACUCUCACCCUGCCUCCAGUGUGUAUAGGACUCCUCUUCCUCCACAGACUCCUGUCAGGUCUGCAGCAGCAGCAGCAUCAGCAUCCAAGUCUUUUGGGAGCAGGACAAAAAAAAAGAAGCAACCAGAAACCAUGCUGACGUUUUUGGCACUGGCGUCUGUUGUCCUCCUGGGAAUAGUGCCUGAACAGUCCCAGGCCAUAGUGAUUUACACCGGCUGGGAGCGCCAUGCCCUGGUGGGCUCCGACAUCCGGCUGUCUUGUUCCUUCUUCUCAUGGCGCUGGACCUCUGAGGACGUCACUUUCUCCUGGACGUACAGGCCUGACGGUUCCCGGGACAGCAUCUCUAUCUUCCACUACACUGGUGGUGUUGCCUACGUUGACAACAAGGGUCCAUUCAGGGACAGGCUAGAGUUUGUGGGGAACCCAAGCCGCCGUGAUGGCUCCAUCCUACUCAAGAACCUGGACUUCAGCGACAACGGCACCUUCACCUGCGACGCCAAGAACCCCCCUGACAUAGUGGGCCGGCCCUCCAGCGUCCGCCUGCUGGUUUUUGAGAAGGUGCCCAUUCAGGCAGGCGUGAUCACAGGAGCCAUCAUUGGGGUGGUGCUCGGCCUGCUGGUGCUCAUCGUGGUAAUCUACUACCUGAUGAGGUUCCUGGUGGCACGCAGAGUCUUCAGCCUCAGUGUCAGCAAACAUGGCAAGAAAAAGAAAGAGGGAUCACAGCAGAGACAGGGCCCCGCACCUCCCGCCGCCGACCCCUCCAAGGUGAAGGCGGCCACCUCGGAAAAGAAGAAGCAGGAGUCACGCAAGGAAAAGAAAUAGGAUACGGGGAGGGGCUGGGGCGGGCUCGCCGGCCGGCUGCUCCAGCCCGUGCGCCAUACGGUGGCGGUGGCGAAGGCUUGGCCCAGGCAGGAGAAGCAGCAGCAGCAAACCGUGCUCACUAAAACAAGGGUGGGGGAGGGAGGCAGUGAAGAAGGGGGUCGGGUGCUGAUGACCAUCGAACUGGAGCUGACCCGCAAAAACGGGGAGGAGAAGCCUGGCCAGGAGGGCACUGCCAGGCCCCAACCCCGUGGCUUGCUCUCUCGUCUCGCCAACCGGCUCACGUUUAAAUAAGUAGGGAUGUGGAGGAGGGGAGGGCGAGGAGGAGGAGGAAAAAGUGGGGGGUGGGGGGGUGUUUAGCUUACUGUACUUCCCCGCAACUCCAACCUGAGUCCCCGAGAAAUGAGUCCAAUGAUAUCUGCCAUCGUCACAGGCUGAUGACGCAGGGGCAGAGAUCUAAGAUGUGGUGAUAAUCUCUUCCACCAGCCGGCACCCCGACGACUUCUGUCAGGUCAUAAGAUAUGCCAUUUGAAGCAAGACCCAAAGACUGCCUGGGUUUGAUAACAAAAUCUAAAAAGCUGCUCCCCCGGUUUGCCUUUCUGGUUCCUUUCAUUGUGAUCCUAUCCGGUGAAAAAAAAGAAAAAAAACACGCUUUCUCCAAGUGCAUCUGAUACGCAUCACGAAUCUCCCAGCUGUGGGGACAAGCCAAUUUGCUUUCUUUCGGAGGCAACGUGUCAAACUCUAACUUCCCCCCUCACUUUCUUUUUCCUCUCUCCUCUAUCCCAUUUCUUGCUCCUUCUCUGUGAAUUUCCUGACUUUUCUUGUUAAUUCAAAUUACAGAAGUGAUUUAUAUGCUAACUGCUCUAUCCUGUCUCUCUUCCUCUGUCACUUCCCUCCCCUUCUUUUUUCUUUUCUUUUUCCUGUAGAUAAAGGUCUGACUUCUCCAUGACUGCCUCCACUCCUCUAGUCUGCUCCCUCCUUUUCUGCCCAGCCUGAUGCAGCCCCCAUUAUUUCCCAUUAUCUCUUCUCUUUCAAGGCAGCAUUGGCUGUAAGAAUUGUCUUGCUAUAUCAGUGGCAACAAUGUCAAAUAAUUUUUACAACGCCUCAUCAGAGACCCCGUAUUCACUCAUUGGGCAAACUGUAAAAGUGUUUAAGGCCUAACUGCACACAUUACUUCCUUAAGAGGAACCUGAAAGACAUCCCCUCGUGUUUAGAGUUCCCUGAAUCUUCCCUUAAUGUUUACGACUCAGUUGCACACGCUGAGUGGAGCUGUGAGUGCACUCUGGACUUCAGAUAGAGAAAAAGCAAGGCAGAGAGGGAGAAGAGAAUGAUAGUGGGAGAGAAAUAUGAUUCCUGCCCUCAGCCAGCUUAGAUAGAGGUUCAAGCCCUCAAGCUCGGGGUGAUUCAAUCCUCUCACAUUUGAGCUAAUGGAGGUUGUCGCUGUGUCCCUGCCCUGGCUAAAUGGGGCUAUUUCUGGCGCUAUAAGAGUGUACGGGCUUACUGUAACAGCUGCACAUUUUUCAGCCAUCAGGAGGAGGGUGGGGGGAUGGCGAGCCGGGGAGGGAGGGGUGGCCCGCUGUCCUGCUGUUUGUGCCUGAGUCGUGUCCGCUGCUAACUCGACGGCCGGCGACUGACAACCGAGAAUGACGUCACACGGCCCCCACCCCCUCGAGGGCCGCCGGACGCUCUCAGGAGUCUUGACCAAAGGGGCUUACCAGGAGGAGGUGCAGCUUUUUUUAGGUCUGGUUAAUCCACCCGCACGUUUUCUCCCCACCAACCCAGGGCUAAUUAUUUCAGCGCGUGCUGGUAACAAGAUAUCUCCUUCUCCAUCUUUUCCUGUCCUCUGCUGUCUGCGCUCUCUUAUUAUUCACUCUACAUCUAUUCUCCCAUCUCAGGACUCACCUCUUCCAAACAACAGUUUCUUUUCGUUCUCUUUGUCCCUUCCUUUAUCUCUUCCUCUUCCUGUCGUCUGGUGACUCGGCUCUGCGUUAUUCCCCUACAGAAAAGGCCUCUACACAAUCCACUCCACUCUUUAAGCCUCUUCUUAUCUGACUGUCAGCCCUACAGCUCAAUGCUCUCCUCUCUUCUUGUCCUUCCUCACAUCCUUCUCCUCCUUCUUUUUCAAAACUCUACGACAGAUUCUCCUUCCCCUCCCUCCAUCUUGCCCAAUGAUCGACAGUUGCCCUUCAAAUGCCACCUCCCUCAAAGGCAUGCCCCCUCCUUCAAACCCCUUUUACUUCCACAUUUCUGCUGGUUCGAAGGCUGAAAUGCUCUCCUCCGCCUCUUACCGGCAAUGGAAGGAAAUACAUGGGCAGAUAUCCCAGCCCUGUCGCCAGAAUAAAUGUUGGCCAUUGUACCUAUACGCAAAGCCAGAAAUAUAUAAAUAUAUAUACAACAUAUAUAUUUAUAUGUGAACCGAAAAUGUGUUCCAUAUCAACAUUUAUUCAUUAGUGUAUUUACUUUACAGUGUUUUGACUGAUCCCAGGUUGGUUAGGGUUAGGAAAAGAUACAAGAGCUCAUAAAAAGUCAGUGAUUUAUUUAGUAACGUCAAAAACCAAACCAGUCUUUUCUUAACCUGCACCAAAGUGCCUUCAUUCCGUAUAGAUUUCAUAUAGGUGCGAUUUAAAAAAUGAGUCAUGAUCUUUUUAGCUAAAUUUCCACCAAGCCGGUAUCUUUUCCCAGCCUGAACCAAAUGGCUUUUCUUGUUGAUACCUGAAAAAGUCUGCAAAGAUGAAAGAAAUGUUAACGUUAACUUGGUCUCUCCUAUUAUACCCAUCCAAAUGCACACAACACCUUGUGUUAGCAUUAGUGAUCAGUAUUAGUAUUUGCACAGAACAGACACUCAGUACAGAAAAUCCCUGUCCGAUGAGGAAUCGAAUAUGGAAAUAUUGAGUCCUGAGUCUUUUUAUCAAAGCGCUUUUAUUGUCAAAGCUUUAGGGGUGCAAAGUCAGGCCUUUAGUGCCGUGGUUUUCAUAGAUGUAAAAUCACAGUCCAUCCACCACAACCACUUGUGUCAAAAGGAGUAUUUUUGGUUCACAAAUGUUACAUUACUCGUGUCCAUGGUUCACAAUGCCAACAUUUUUUUCCUGGCGAUUGGGUUGUAAAUCCACCUUUUUGUUCUACUGAAGAUGCCAAACAGAAACUUAUAAUCUAGCUAGCUCGUUUCCAAUUGCAGAUAUGUUUUUAUGUAUAUGUGUGUCUUGUUUAAGAGUGUUAAAAAUGAGAUUUGAUAUAAAGCAACAACCUGUACAUCACCCUAAGUAAAGCCAAUAAUAUUUCUAAGACAUUGUUUUACGUGUGCACAAGAAGACACAUGUAGCAACAUGUCUAUCAAUACAGGACAGAAAUGUAAUGGAAUAUCCUAUUGUGUUUCUGACCUUGCGUGUUAUGGAUGGUACUGUGUGGCUGCCUCUUUGGUACGUGUUUUGUUCUAUAGAAGAAGGGGAAUUGAGGUUGUUGUGCGGUGAUAAAAGAGAAGAUGAGAGCAGAUAAGAGUCUGGUUAACCUCAGAUUCAGAGCGAGGUGGCUGGGAAGAGGAAAAAAAAUGAUGAGGGGGUGGGAGGAAGGUGUUUGCUGUGGGAGAGAGCUUUGGUGGAAGAGACUUAUCUGGUGUGUGUUACGCCAAGCCAAAAAUCCAUAUGUAUCACUACAGAUAGAGCCUUCUCUUCCCCACAGCUGUCUUUUAAGGGUGCGCCUUCCCCAACCCUGAGCCAAAGAUGGAUUGCGAUCUACGCGCUUGAUAUGCAGGGUGGAUAGUGUCGACUUGAAUGUUCCUUUAAAAUUCAUAACUGGAAUGGAGGUGCUAAAAUCCACAACUUUAUAACUGGAGAACUGUUUCACUAGAAGCUGUUUAACUAUCCGUUCACAUGGAUUAGUUUGAAUGUUUUCUUCUUUUUUUCAGCAAAGCCACACAGACACCUGAUAUAAGACAAACAGCACUAAAAUAACCUAAAAAGAUGUUUUAUUUGUAUGUAUUAUGAACUGUAUUAGUCAUAGUUGCACUGUUAACACCUCUUUAUUUGAAAAUGACUGGAGCUUCUUACAUUUUUUUUUUUUUUACAUUUAUGUUAAUGCUUGUGAUAAUUCCAGAGCACUAACAACAACUUUUGAUGACUCUGUGUAAUAUGUUGUAAAGAGAAAUAAAAAUUAAAGCCCCAGCGCAGCUGUUGUCAACACAACACACAGUA